CGCGUCUGAGCGCUGGGUCCAUAUGCGCCUGGAAGUACAGGCGGAGGAGGCUCACUUACUGAUACGCUUGUUAGUAACCAACAGAGCUUCUCGCAGCUCAGAACUGCAGCCGUUCGCAGAGGAACCGCACGGAAUCUAUCCAAUAGCCCAAUCCACGAUCAUUGUCGAUGACGAGUAUCGCUCCCGUCGCGUUGAUAGCAAGAAGUUCGUCACUACCGGACCCUGCUUAUGUUGCCGCUUCCGCUGCGGUGAUGCUGCUUCUGCCAAACCAACGCGAGAUGCUCAACGUCACCGUUCUCGCCGUUCGUAUCCAGCGCGUGCUGCUCGAUGCUACUGAGUAAAUCAAACACACCAAUCAUCCCUCCCACCCAACCGGAGGCCACUACAUCUUCGCCGCCACAUGGCCGAAGACAGCGCCGAUGCCGAGCAGCCGGUUCGCUCCCGCAUAGGCGUAGGCGAAAUUGAUGCUGGAGUGGGAUGGCGGUGAGGCGGUGGUUGUACGUUGUUGCACUUUGCUGCUGAAGGUGUGGGCAUUUGGUGUUGGGGAGAUGGGGUGAUUGGGUGGGUGGCGUGC